CUUGGCUUCUUCUGCUAUACUUAAUACAUGUCCAUGUGUUACGCACAUUUUUAGUGCUUAAUGUUCGUACUGUCAUAGUAAUCAUAGCAUAUUUAUAAAAGUUAUUAAUUGCAGGAACUAUUAUUUAAUAAAUCAACAAUUUAAGAGCAAAGUGAUCAGGUACUUUUGAGUUAACUUAAUUGAAAUAUGUUAACUUUAAUUAUUAAUUUUAACUUGGACUUGGACUUGGUCACCACAGUCACACAGUAUCCCAGCUCACUCGACUCUGUCAGUCACUGACACUGUCUUCACUGAUACUCAGUGUUGAGUGACAGAGAUCUGAGUUUGUCUCAGAUCACUUCACUGUCAGUGAGUUCAGUUUCAAUGACUGAGUUCCUCACUUCACUUACACUCACUUUGACUCAGUGAACACAGUCUCGCACACUACUCACCUGUCGCCUGUAGACUUUAGUUUUAGGAGUGAGUCAAAGUGUAGACUAUUAUAAUUAUUAGUGAAUUAGUCUAAGUUAUUAGUAUUACUAGACAAGUAACAAUUCAAUAUUAUUCUAAUAAUAAUAUUAAUAUUUUUUUGUUAUAAGUAUAAAAAAGUGCAUCUUUUAUUUGCAUCUCAAGCUUAAAUUUGAUCUUAGUUAGUCUAAGUCAGACUUUGACAUUAGUGAAGUGUCACACGUUAGAAUUCAUUUCAGUCAUUGACAUUCAUUUAUAUUAUUUAAAAUUAUUUAAUAAAUUCUUGAUAAGCCCUAUGAAUCAUAAUGAAUGCCAUGCCAUGCCAAUAUUACCCACUAUCUAUAAUAAUGUAAGCAUCAUAGGGCCUAACUACUUUUAUGUCUCUAAUAUAAAAUUAGUAAAACAGAGUAGGGUUAAACCUGAAAAAAGAAACGUUACAAAACAACAAACGUGUCGGCAGAAAGCCUUCAUCAGCGAACGAAACAACAGAAAAAACGGCAUAAAAGUAAAAAUAAGAUAUAGCACUUAAUUUGGAAGUAGGCCUAGUAUCCGUGGGCCUCAAAAGCUAUAAUUUUUUAGAGUGUCUGAAGUGAUGUUCCAGUCAGUGAACAGUGAAAGUGAAGUCAGUGUUUUAUUUAGGUUAACACUUUCCACUUUAAAUAGUCAUUCUGACUCUUAGUCUUAGUUGGAGUGAUAAGUGAUAGGUGUUAAGACAAAUCCACUGACAACUAUAAAUUAAUAUUUUAAUAGUUAUGCCAAGGCCUAACUAAACUUGUAUUUGCUUAUUUAACACUUAACCCAGUGAUGAUGAUAAGAUGAUGAUCUUAGAAACAACCAGACACUGGAGUCCUUUAAAACCGAUCUAAAGACACAUCUAUUUCGCAAAUACCUUCUGGGAUGAUUGUCUACCUUAUUUUCCAUGUGUUGCUGUGUUGCUCCGGGUUGAAAUGGCUAGAAAGACUUUGAUAUUGUAUGCUUGUAAUUAGUUUUUGUAGUGUUGCGUUUGUUUUAAAUGUGGUGAAUUAUAGAUAUGUUUUUUGUUGACUUUGUACCGCGCUUCGAGCCUUUGGGGAUGAAGCGUGUUUUUGAAAUGAACUUUAUUAUUAUUAUUAUUAUUAUUAUGCUUUUGAUGAUUUCUGUCAUAACCUUUUUUUAUGUGACCCAGAAAAUUAUAAUAAAUCAUGAAGUUGAAGCAAGAGAUUAAUUAAAUUAUUAAAGCUUAAACCACCUAACUCUACUUAACUUUAAAAUAAGCCUCAUAAUGUUAUGAAAUUAUUCAAAUCAGCAUACAUUUCUUUUUCUAUUAAUCAACUGACUGAUUAAAAGGAAAAGGUAAAACCUCAGUGAAAAUUUAAGGUAAAUGACUGUUGGCUUGUGAUAAAUGUAUUAUAUAUGUUAAAUUAUAAGUGAGAUUAAACUGCUUUACAGAUACUUUAUAUUUGCAACACUAAAUCCUUUCUGAUUUUUUUUUUUUUUUUUAAAGUUGAAAAUGAGUACACAAGUUGAAAAGCCUACUGGAAGCAGCCAUUUACCACAACUGAUGUGGAGUCCAGAUCCUUACCAGGAAACCCAGAUGGAUCAGUUGAGAAAAAUAAUUAACAAUAAAUACGGAGUCAAUUUAAGUAGGUAAUUUUUGCAUUCUGAAAAAGAAAUUUAUUGAUUUAAAUCAUCUUAUAAUGUUUUGUUGGAUUAAAUCAAAAUAUCUUAUCUUGCAAGCUUUCUUUAUAACAAUUAAAGCUGGGUUGCUCGCCCCCAAAAGUUUUUGAAUGACGAAAAAAAUUUAAUCAUCCAAACAGCUAUUUUACCAAGAAACACUGUCUUUUUUAUUUCAUUGAACCUUUAGGUAACUAUAGAGAAAUCCAUCGGUGGUCAUGUGACAAUUAUCCUGAAUUUUGGGAAGAAGUCUGGCUAUUUGCAGAUGUUAUACAUUCAGAAUCUUAUGAAACGGUAAAAACAAUAUUAAUUAAUGGAAUAUGUGAAUGAAAAUCUGUUUAAGUUGAUAUUGAAGAAAUAUUUUGAGGUUGUAUUUCUUCGUCCCAGAUAUUUUGUAUAUAAAUAUAUACUUAAUUGUUCAACAUUUACCCUUAAAUUAAAAGAAAAAAUUUACAAUGUAUUUAUUAAAAUAAGAUUCUUGAUUAUUUAAAAAAAUAUAUUUUUCAGAUUGUGGACAAAAAAGUUAAUAUCUCUGGAAUUCCAGAGUGGUUUAAAGGAAGCAGACUAAAUUAUGCUGAAAAUCUGCUCCGUUAUAAUGAUGACAGGGUGGCAAUAUAUGCAACAGGUUGGAUAUUUAAUUGAAGAAAAGCCUUUAGUUCAUAAGUUUUAGAAAUGGGAAUAUAGAUGUUGAAUAUUUGUGGGAAAGAAGAAAUUUAAUGGUUGAAAUUAGCCCUAAAUUAUCAUUUUGUGUUUCUUAUCAUUUGUUGCAAAAAAAUUGACCUAUGAUGACCUAUUGCUUUUUUUUAAAUUUACUUUUAGCAAUGUUAACCUUUAUAUAUGUUUUAAUAGAAGCAAUUUUAAUCUUGAUUUUUUUUACGUGUUUGUUUCAAUUCAUCAUAGGGGAAGGUCAAAGUGAAGUAAAGAGAAAAUCUCAUAAGGAACUGAGGCAGUCUAUAGCACAAUUUGCAUCUGCUAUGAAGCAUUCUGGUGUUCAGAAAGGAGACAGAGUUGUAGGUAGGUUCUUUUAAAUUAUUAAAUUCUAUGAAAAACAACAGAGAAUGUGUUCAUAGAAUUAUUAAAAUUUCGCCUUGCUGUUGAAGCAAUCUAAUUUCUCAUGGAAAUUUGUUUAACUUAAUAAUUUCCACUUAAUUGAUAUCAUCAUCCAGUUUAAAUUCUCUAAUUGAAUAAGUGUGCCUUUCUUCCUAAGUCUUUUUUUCUAUUCACCUGAAAGGUUACAUCCCAAAUUGCAUAGAAGCAGUAGAGGCUAUGCUUGCUGCUGCUAGCAUAGGAGCUAUUUGGAGUUCAACAUCUCCAGACUUUGGUGUUGUUGUGAGUAAAGCUGUGGCCAGACUAGAAAAUUUUGUCAAGUUUUAUUCCAUGCAUCCAGCUAUUUUUAAAAAAUGACAACAUAUUUCAAUAUGUUUCUGAGCAAAACAAAAACUUACUUUUAAAUUUAUUCUAAGUGGUGAAUUAAUAUAUUUCAGUACAAAAUGAAAUUUGAGAGAGAAAAAAAUAGCCUCAGAUUCCCUUUUUAUUCCCCUUUUAAACAAUGUCAUAACAAGGUACUAACAAUACUGCACUAUCCAAUGCAUUGUGAACAUUAUUUGAAAUCCAUUUUUUUUUCCGAUUUGCUUAAUUUUUUGUAUACCUUAUUUUUAAGGGUGUUUUAGAGCGAUUCUCACAGAUAAAACCUAAACUGAUUUUUAGUGUUAAUGCUGUACAUUACAAUGGAAAGGUUCACAACCAUAUUGACAAGUUGGAGCAAGUAGUUCAAGGUAUUUUUGGUCUUAUAGCAUCUACAAUUUAUUGCAUUUUGUCAUAGGCAUUAACAUAAUUCAUGUAUAUUUUUAGCCAAAUCAUUUCCUGAUGGUGGCUUUCAAUAAAUCUCUUAAUUGUGGAACUUAAUGAGUCAGCUGUCCAAGCAUAAUAGUAAAUGUGUUUCAUAAUUGUAAGAGUAAAUAUGCUUCAUUUCCUGUAGGUUUACCAGAACUAGAGAAAGUUAUUGUGAUACCCUUUGUACCUGACCAUAAAACAGAUCUUUCAACAAUCACCCAUGGGUAAGUGUGCUAAUUUUAAUGAGAUACAUCACAUUCGUGAUAGAAUCUUAUUUAAUAUUAUUUGGAAGAUGUUCAGAAAUACCUGGAAUAGCUCAUUUUCAUUGCAAUUUCAUUAAUGCAUUUUAUAAUCAGUAAACAACUUCUUAAUAUUUGAGAUUUUAAAAAAAGGAGAUUGUAAAUAAUUUAACAAUCUCCAUCAGGCAGUUAAAAGCAUAGCUAUAAAUGUCUGAAAACAAGUUUGUCAUACAUAUGUUACACAUUAAAUUGUCAGUGAGAUUAAACUACUCAAAAGACACUUUAUUGUUCUACAGCAUAACUUUAGAUGAUUUCCUGAGAAGUGGUAUUGAGGAUGGCCAAGUUCCAGAUUUGACAUUUGAACAAGUACCUUUCAAUUAUCCUCUUGUUAUUAUGUACUCAUCAGGAACUACAGGUGUGCCCAAAUGUAUGGUACAUUCUGUGGGGGUAAGAUCUUUUUUUUUUUUUUUAUUUCUGAAGUAAAAUUAUACAAAGCUUUAUAAAAUUUUAUAAUUAAAAAAAAUACUUUUUUUAAAAACUCCUUUAUGUAUUCAAGCUAUUCAUUUUAUUAUACAGGUGUGCCCAAAUGUAUGGUACAUUCUGUGGGGGUAAGAUCUUUUUUUUUUUUUUUUAUUUCUGAAGUAAAAAUAUACAAAGCUUUAUAAAACUUUAUAAUUAAAAAAAAUACUUUUUUUAAAAACUCCUUUAUGUAUUCAAGCUAUUCAUUUUAUUAAUAGCCUAACAUAAAUGUUUUUAGUAAAUUAAAAUGAAUUAAAAAACUUUACAUACCAACCCAUCAAUCUUGUAGAUAAGCUGUAUUUUAUUGUAUGUCAUCAGACAUGUGACACAUUUGCAUUUUAUUUUGAUAAAACUAUAGGGUACACUUAUGAAGCAUCUGUCGGAACACAUCUUUCAUGGCAACAUGGACAGAAGUGAUAUUUUGCUAUACUAUACAACAGUAAGAUUCUUAAAUUUGCCUAAAUUAUUAAUUCUUUUUUUUUUUUAUUUAUAAAGCAAAAUUUGGUUUCAUUUUAAAUUAUUGAUGUGCAACUAUCCAUGUCAUUAAGAAAAUGUAGGUGACAGGCUGAACCUUAAUGAGUAAAAUUAAACUUUGAGUCAUUCUCAACAAUGUCUACAGGCUGGUUGGAUGAUGUGGAACUGGAUGGUGACAGCACUAGCAUUGGGUUCUGCUAUUGUUUUGUAUGAUGGGUCACCGCUUGUGCCACAUGCCAAUGUGCUGUGGGACCUUGUGGAUGAAGUGGGGUAUGUUUUUUUAUGCUCAGCUUAAGACUAGACUCUACUUCAAUUUAAAAUUAUUUUGUAGUAUUCUGGUCGAAAGUGAAUAAAUUACCAUUUCAAUUUCUAAAUAGUUGCCUAAAGUUUAGUCUGAUUACACUGAACCCUCCUGCCAGCCCCAAAUGGAGUUAAAGAUUAAAUAAACAGUUUUACAUUUGUUUCAUUCAGUUAUAUAUAUAAUAAAAACUUCAUUAACAUUCUUAACACAUCAAUUGAAAUUUGUUCUGAUGAGGUGCUCUUAUGUCCAGGGUAACCAUUCUAGGGACUGGUGCAAAGUGGCUUGCAGUGCUGGAAGACAAAGGCGUACAUCCCAGUAAGUGCUGGUUUUCAUUCCAUCUUUUCCAGUUUUGUUUUGUUUUUGUCUUACCCUCUUUCCUAAUAUCUAGCUUGCUAUUUGCAGAAGGCACGCACAGUCUGAGGUCUUUAAAAGCUAUUCUGUCAACCGGAUCUCCACUCAAGCCCCAGAGUUUUGACUAUGUUUACAGGGAUAUUAAGUCUGAUGUCUUACUAGGAUCAAUUUCAGGUAAUUAUUUCUUAGACAUAUGUGGGUUUAAAUAGUUUCAGUUAUGAUCAUUGGCGCUCUAUAAUUUUGGUAUGUAUUAUUUUAUGUAUAUAAUUUUUUUUUAUUUAAAGAACGGUAAAUAAAUUCAAAGAAAACAAAAUAUCCAGGAAUUAUGAAUCAAGAUUUCAAAUGAUAUUUUUUUCUGUAAAGAAUCGGUGACUUGAUUAUUGAAUCAACAUAAACAUGCAAAUAUUAGAUGUUUAGGUUUUAUUCAAAAAUCCUCUUACACUUACAGCUUUUGACUUUAUUCUUUCAAACUGAUACUUUCAAUAGGUGGCACAGAUAUCAUUGCCUGUUUUAUGGGUCAAAAUUGGACUGUUCCUGUACACAGAGGGGAGAUACAAUGUAUGCUACUAGGAUGUAACAUGCAGAGCUGGGAUGAAACAGGUAGUUGAUGAGAGAUUCAGUUGUUGUGGUCUCACAAAGAACACUAGUAUGUCAUGAAAUGAUUUGAAAGAUUGGUUGAGAGUAAUAAAAUGAUUUAUACAUUAUUUUAUUAAUUUUACAAAAAAAACUACUCAAUUUUUUAAUGAUGUAGGAAAUGUUUCUCCUCUGCACCUAAAUUUUUUAAAUGCCUUACAUUGUACACUAUUUAAAAAAUGUAAAAUAUACCGGGUAGUCUAGUUUUAAGCUUUAAAUGAGACUUGAUGAUUUAAUCCUGUUUUCUGGAUAAAGGGAGAUACCAGUGUACUAAAGUCUAUGAAUUAAAGUUUGACUUGAUGGUUUUUUAUUUUAUUCUGAUGGGUCCAGGUAAACCUGUUUAUGAUGAAAGUGGGGAACUGGUAUGCUUGACACCAUUUCCAUCUAUGCCCGUUUAUUUUUGGAAUGACAAAGAUGGCUCAAAAUACAAGAAAGCUUAUUUCAGCAAAUACAGUGGUAAGUCAGAUGAAUAGCUCACAAAGUUAAGAGUCGUUGCUACUUCAGCAAAUACAUUGGGGGGUUAGAUCACUUAUACACAGUCAAAAGUAGUUGUUUCUUCAGCAAACACAAUGGUGAGUUAGUUCAUUUAUACACAAAGUUAAUAGUAGUUUCAGAGGGUAGUAUUAAUAGUUUUUAUCUCUAGUUAAUAGUUAAAACUUAAAAAGCUGGGUCAAAUUCUGCAGUGACAGCUGCAUCUGUUGCUGUGUUUGUCCUCAUUAUUUUUAGUUGAAUAUACACAGUAUAGGCAACAAGACUUAAUCAAUACACAUGAUCUGUUUGCCUAGGAAGCUUGACAGAAAGGUAUUGAUUCCAAGGGCCUUGUAGAUCUCGGUUGUUUUAUGCAACAUACUUUAUCAUAAGCUAUAGCUGUUAUACUGGACAAGUUAAUAACUUUGUUUAGUUUAAUUUUAUAUUAAAUAAAAUAUAAAAUGAACCUUUCACAUAUAUAAAGCAAAUAAUAUUUAAAAUUUAUUUAAGAAGAUUUAUGCUAUGCUAUAUGAAUGUAUAUUUUAAUUUUUAGCAUUAAUUAUGCUGACUCGGGUGGUAUACAUUCAAUGAAAUUACAUAAUAAAAAGCUGACAAAGUAAUCCAUAUUCAGUAUAUCAUAUUCAUGGACAGGGAUUGGUGUUUUGACUAUAUAUUUAAUGCUUGAAACUGUGCACUAUAUGCUCUGUAGUGAAAUUCCUCUGAUAAGAAAGAAUGUCUGGUCUGUAUAAGCCAGCAUUUUUUAUUUGAUUGAACAGAUGUGUGGGCUCAUGGUGAUUAUUGUGCUAUCAACUCUGUCACUGGAGGCAUCCUUAUGUUAGGAAGGAGGUCAGUUUAAAUUGUCAGAUAUACAUGAAUUGAAUUACUUUGGAAAAAACUGAAGUGCUAUUUAUAGUUUAAUAGUGAGCUGUAAACAGUAUUCUUUUAAUAAACAUUACUUCUUUACUUGUCUUUUUUUUCCCCGUCAAUAUUUUUUUCUCCUUCAAAUUAUUAUCUCCUUCAAAUUAUUAUAUUUUUGUCACCAAGUUUUUUAUUUUUAAAAAAAGGUAGACUAACCAUUUUCAGUUGUUUCAUUGAAAAAGACAGUUGAUAAAUUUCCUUACUGAGUGAAGCUCUUCCCAUGCUGCUGAUAAAACAUUUUAUGAUAUUUCCAGAAUCCAACAUUAUCCUAGUUUUCAAUCUUAUUUACGGCAGCAAAGUUUAAAUUUUGUUGUUAGUAUGCAUCUUUUUAGUUUUAUAGUAAAAUAGCAAUGAUAUUUCUCAUAAGUUUUCUUGACAUUAACAUUUCAACAGUGAUGGGACCCUCAAUCCUAAUGGUGUGCGAUUUGGGAGUGCUGAGAUAUAUCAUAUUGGUGAGUUCCGCUUGACAGCUAAAAGUUAGUUUUGUUAUAACAUGCAAAGCUGGAGUUUUAGUAAAAUAAAUUUGGAUCCUGUGCUAAUGUUGUUUUUGAAAUGUAAUUAUUUUUUGUUUGCUUAAGCAUUCACCCUUGUGUUGUAUAUGUAACACAACAAGUGGGCCUGUCCUCAUCUCCAUAUAUAUUUAUUUGUACUGGUAGUUGAGAAUUUCAAAGAGAUACAAGACAGCGUUUGCAUAAGUCAGCGCAGCAAAGAUGGAACAGAUGAGAGGGUCAUUCUGUUUCUGAAGAUGGCCCCAGGGAGUGAGUUUGGCUCAACUGUUGUGGACAGUUUGAAACACCACAUCAGGAUAUACCUGUCAGCCAGGCAUGUCCCUGCAGUCAUUCUCCCCAUCUCUGAUAUUCCGGUAAGUAUUCUUUGAAAGAAUUGAUUUGUUUCACACAUCAAAGAAAUUAAUCAAUUACAGAGUAUUGCCAAAUCAGUUUUUUCACCUGGAGAGUCGCAGUGCUUUAUUAGUUAGACACCUUCUUAGCCCUAUCUAGUAAUGUAUUUUGUUUGAGACAUAAACCUGCCACAAAUCAUUGUAGCUUAUAGUGUGGAAGCAAGGGCUAUAAUCUGUUUUCAGCUAUAAACUCAACUAGUCUUGGGGGGGAAAAAAAAUACAGUAACUUAUUUUAGUGAACGGUCAUCCUAGAAUAACCAAGUGCUAUUGCUUUAUGGAUGGGCUAUGUUAAGUAGGGCGACCGCUCAAACUUAAAUCGAAACAAGCUUCCAUUGAAUGAUACUGACAAGAUAUGUGAUAAAAAUAUCUUUAACUCUUCCACUCCACAGUACACAAUUAGUGGGAAGAAGGUUGAGGUGGCAAUCAAACAAGCCAUAUCAGGUCAGAAUGUCUUGCAGAGAGGAGCUCUGGCUAAUCCUGACAGCAUAGAUCUCUACUACAACAUUCCUGAGUUACAAGAAUAUUAAACUGACAUACCAAUGGGUGGAUUCUAUCAUUGCAAGAAUUAUUAUCUUUGAUCAACAAAUUGCACAGAUUUUCAAAAUCAUUCUGAUUCAAUAGAACGUCUGCUCUACUUUCAUAAUUUUAAUCAUAUUAACUGACAUUUAAUAACAUUAACCAACCCAGCGAGUUUUAAACUAAACAAAACUGAUGAGUUGCCAUGUUGAAUGAUGAAUUUUUUAAAUUUUGUCCUGUGCCAUAAUAUCUAAUAUUGAGGGAUCAUGUUUUUUAGAUGACAGUUUUUCUUCCUUGUUGCAAUAAAAAUGUGUUUAAAUCUUGCACACAACUCGUAAGGAAGUAGAGAAGGAGAUGCAACUAACUCAUUUAAAUAUAUUAGUCACUCCUUUGAAAAGAAAUGAGCAUUAUAUCAUUUUUGAUCAGCAAGAAAUAAAAGACAGUUCAUUAAGUAAAUAAACCAGAUGUAAACAAAUUAAUUGUUCAUGACAGUGGUUCAUUUUUUGUAGGUACUAAUUAGCUAAUAUAACUGAUACAUUAAAUUUUACAAUUUCAAGCCAUGGGAAUCUUUAAAACAAAUCAUUAAUACAAG